AUGGAGUUCUUCAAUGACGUUGGAGAAGACCCCCUUAAACCGUCAUUAUUUGAACUCAUUGCGCAGGAGCAGUUGAAGGACCUUCUACAGCCUGCUUUGAAGUAUGUUUUGGCGGUCUUUGCACAACGGUAUCCCCGUUAUUUGUUACGCAUCGUCAACCGGCACGAGGAGUUUUAUGCCGUCAUUAUGUUCAUCGUCGAGAGACAUUACUUGAAGAAGCACAACGCGUCUUUCUCAGAAAAUUUCUAUGGACUAAAACGCCGCCGUAGACCGUACAUCGAAGCCGAGAAAACAAAGGUUGCUGUUGGGGGCAUACCAAGUGGGGAAAGUCUGCGGAGUCAGGAGAUUUGGCGUUGCCUCCUCUUUCUUGUCGGUGUACCCUACGUCAGGGCGAAAGCGCAAGAUUAUUUUGAAGAAUUGGGAGGGGGCGUUGCAGCUGAUAUCCUGGACAGCGAGGUGGAUGGUCGACAAAUACGUGAAACUACAGAUCAAGUAUUGAAAUUGAAUUCUCUACUGGAAAAAUUCCGUCGAGGGUUUAAAGCUGUCUACCCGUGGAUUAAUGCCGGGUUUGAAGGAUGGUUGCUGCUCUGGAACGUUGCAUAUCUCUUUGAUCAACGUCCAGUUCAUCGGCCGUGGUUAUCCUGGAUAGGCCUAGAUAUACGACGCCUCGGGGUUGAUGAUUUUGUAAGCUCCCGUUUUACGAAGAAAACGUUACCCGUAAGCGUCCUCGGACGAAUAGCACGCUUGCGACGUUCAAUAUUUGCAUUGUCACGGCUCCUCCUGGAAUCCCUUCGAUUCGCCCUCCCUACUGCCAUCUUCUUCAUCAAGUUCUUGGAGUGGUGGUACUCACCUGGGUCACCUGCACGAUCAUUAUCGACUUCUCCCCUUGGUCCUGCGGUCCCGCCGCCUCGUUUACUUCAACCUCAUCCACAAGGAAUUCCAUUUGACAAAAAGGCAUUUGGGAUGUGUCCGGUCUGCCAGAACGGCAUCAAUAACGCAACCGCAUUGCCGUCAGGGUAUGUGUUCUGUUACCGGUGUGCAUAUGACCAGGUCGAGAAAUGCGGGAGAUGUCCGGUGACCCUUCUUCCAGCACGAGUCUGGCAACUAAGAAAAGUGCUGGUCUAG